AGUUGAUCAUCAUUCAUGAACCCCCACACAAGACACAAAAGAACACAACACGCCGAGCAAAGACGCCCGUGAAUAUUUUCCCAGAAAAACUAAGCAAAAAGCUUCCACGAUGAGAAGCCCGUGUUUGCUGACCUUCUCCACAGUUCUUCUGUUGCUCAGCGCAUCGAGGAGUACGCAUGCCGCCACUUUUCAAGGCACUUUCCCUCAUCCAAACAAAUCCAACCCAAACGAACCGGAGCGCUGCCUGCCAGCUCCAAUCAGCGGAUUCAUUACGCGCGGGAUGGCCCCUGCAGUCAUCACCGAGGAGGUUUUGGAAUCCAGUCAGGAGGCGCUUCACGUCACGGAACGUCGUUACCUGCGUUUGGACUGGUGCAAAACGCAACCACUCAAGCAGACCAUCCACGAAGAGGGAUGCCUGAGCCGAACCAUCAUCAACCGCUUCUGCUAUGGCCAAUGUAAUUCCUUCUACAUCCCGCGACAUAUUUACCAGGAUGGAAACGCGUUCGAGUCCUGUUCGGCGUGCAUACCGAAAGCCUUCAGCACGGUCACGUACACGCUUUUCUGCCCUGGACAAACCCCCAACACCAGGAAGAAACGGGUCCAGCGCGUCAAGCAGUGCAGGUGUACCACAAUAAGCACGGAUUAAACCUCACAUGGAGUUUUUUUUUUUUUUCCAAAAGGACGUUUUGCAAAAACUCUGGGCGUCUGUUUGCAAGACUGACAACAGGAAUUGCUAUUAAAACCAGAGGAACUUAUUACAAUAUCGACAACUUUAUUUUACUAUCAAUUAAUGGAGCCCAUUCAUCCACUUUUCAAAAACGCCUUAAUAUGUGUCUUCACUAUUGCAAUACUCCCAAGAAAGUGCAAAAAACCCAAAACAUGCUAAUGAAUUAAAAUUCAAAGAAUUGACUUGUUAUUUAAGUCUUGUUGCACACAUAGCUGCAUGAAUAUUAAGAUACAGCAAUAUAUGAUAUUCUUUUCCUCUCAAUGUUUAACGAAUACAAUAUGAUUCUGUGGUUUACGCCCAAAUCAAUGUGCUUGGGACUUUUGGCUAGUCCCAUUGAGUCACUACUAAGAUUUGGAUGCAUGGACAAACCGACUUCAGGACUUGAGAGCUUCCAUUAUAGGCUAUCAUAUAAAAAAAACAUUUUUUUUUUCAUCCUCUAAGUGCAAAUCUUAAAUUGAGGUCAUGUUCGCUUCUUUCUGACGCAGUCGUUCUUUCUGUUGGGAAUAAAACAACGCUUUGUAUAAAUUC